AUGACACUUCAGUUGUCUGCAGCACAGAUGAACGAAUCAAUGUUCCUACUCGGGGCUCAGAAGACCAAGGGUUUUGUUGGGGAAAAGUUCCAGUUCUUCAUUCGCUACAGGCCUGCAAGCGUCAUAGACAAGAGGCUCGACAACUUCCACGUCCAUUUGUUCUCGCAGACCAGAUCGAAGGUCCUCCACCAUUGUCUGAGUACUGCUGACGAUGAACAAACUUAUCCGGCCAGGUUUCUUGGAGGUGGUUCAACCUACAUCAAAGCUCCUCCUUCAUUCACACAUGUUCGUAUUUUUGAAUAUUUAAUCCUGGAGGACGGCGUGCAUGAAGUGUCGGCUAGGGUGACCAGAGGUGGUCUACACAACCCCCAGGUGGACGUCUACACAAAGAAUUACACUGAUAUUCAAACUGUUACUGUUGAUGUGAGCUAUCCUAAAUCAGCAGUUAAAGAUGACUGCGUACUUGCCAAAGCUUUUACAAUCAACGGUGAAGAGAUCUAUGAUGACAUGACGACACCAGUUUUAAAAGUGGCCGUUAGGGAAUGGAUCACAAUCGCAAUCAAAUCCUACAAAAACUGUUCAGGCGACUUGGCGGUGGACCAUUUUUGGUCACUAGAACGUAUAUUCCAAGAUUCCCCAGGAUGGGAUGGCUAUCCCACACAGUGUUACCACCACAGCCGUAUAGGACAGGGCUUCCUGGAAAACGAACCGAGAGAUGUCAGCCAGCUCAUCAGAGUAAUUGUAAACCCGAAGGAAGAAACUUUUACCUGGCCGGUGCGUGAUCUAAAUCUUGAUGCCAGCAAAAGUUUUUAUAUUUAUGAAUUACCAGAAGCAGGAUAUAAGGGGAAAGAAACUUUAAAAUUUCUUUGGAACUGUAACAAAAGUGAAAAAAUGUGUGAGGGACUUAUCCAGAAGCAGACAGCUGAAAAUCAACAUCAAUACACAAAUGAAAGUGACAGUUUUAUCAGCACAUCUGAAUCAGACUGGCAGCUUACUAUUGAACAAAAUCUUAUCAUAAAUAAUGAAAAGCUGAGUCUUAAAUUAACCUUUUCUGCCUGGGAUACAUACUCCAACCAGUUCUUCAACAAAACUCUCAAUAAAGUUAUAACAUUUAUUGAACAUGCUGCAUUAACUACAGUGCCAAAUAUCAAUAUCAGAUGUUUAAUAAACUGCUGGUACACUGUAGACAAAGACUCACCUAUGUUACUGGGCUUUGGCUGCCAUGACUGUGAAGAGUUUACUGCUAAUACGAUCACUGUCCAGUGGAAACUGGUGUCAAAAGAUAGGACAGUUUUGAAAGGGAAUACAUUGUACCAACAUAUUGAAAAAAUUGACCUCGCUGGGAUUUCAGAAUUUGUUGUGGAGUUGAAAUUUACUUAUACUGUAUCUGAACAUGAAAAAAUAGAAUCAGUGUCAACUUGUAGAUAUUUUAUACCUCUCAUAAUCCAUCUGGAAGCUAUUAAUGAAACUUAUGUGUUAACAGAGAAAGCCCCCACUAGACCAAAAGUAAAAUUUGCUACAUAUGACUUGAACAUCUUGCAUUAUUCUCUCAAAAGCAGUAUUCUUGCUUAUCCUAUCAUUCAUGUAUUGAGUUUUGUGACUAGUUGUGAUUAUGGAUGGCGUUAUGAUGUGUCAGGGUCUGGUUGUAUCCGCUUCUACACUGGAUCUACUAGCUGGGAAGACGCCCGCAAGCGAUGUGGUCAAGAUAAAAAAGGGGGUGAUCUAGUAGAGAUUUCUUCUUAUGAGUCUAGUGAAUUCAUCAAAGGAAUCCUGCCAAGAGCAUACAAGUACUAUAUGUGGAUAGGUCUUUAUAGAGAACUUGGCAGAUUCAUUUGGGUACAAAGUGACUCACAGACCACUUAUUAUAAUUGGGACCAAGAUGAGCCCAGUGGCGCAGGAAAUGCUGUGAAAAUAGACACUGCGACUGGGUUGUGGUCCAUGGCUUAUGAAAAUGAUAACCUCCCCUUUGUUUGCAAAUACAGUCUAAGUGGUGAAGAUUAUUUUUUCCAUAGAACAAUAUCUGCAGCCUCAGAUUUUUACAUCAGAUACCCUGGGAACACGUUUAAACUGGCCAUCACAACAACAGUGAAUGUGGGGUCACACCUUGGUACAGCACUGACUACUAUACCGGUUUCUAUAGACAGUAACAAGCAAGAUUUGUCAGAAUCCACUGCUAAUCUCCUUUUAGAAAUUCAACAAGCCAUGACAUACCUUGGACCAUUGUCUGAAUUAUUGAUUUUCAAGUCAAAAUCUAAAGUUGAUACUGAAUCUAUACUCACUAAACUACUAGAGCUGCUGAACAGAGACAAAAAUAACCCAAUAAAUCUUAGUAACAACAAUCUUAUCCAGGCUGUUUUAAAAGAUGUACUGGGUCAAAUGGAGACGACAUUACCACAAAUGCUUUUGAUAAUGAAAAUAACUAGUAGAAUAAUUAACCUUCAUAAAGAAUAUCCGUAUGACCUGAAAAAUGAUGAUACAAUAUUUAAGUAUAAUUUUGAAAUUAUAGAAAUGAUCGUGGAAAAUAUUGUCUUCCUAAAGCAAACAAAGAAAUUGUCAGAAGGUGACUAUCAGGCGUAUCUAUUGAGUCAACUCUUCAUUGACACAGUUAUAAAACUUUUAAGGGAGGUGACUGAAAGGAUGCCUGAGAGAUAUCCAUUUAUCCAGGACUUGAGACUUAACACCAGCUUAAUAUCCACCUUCUGGGUGGACGCAUCGUUGUACAAGGAAAUGACCAUUGAUUUCUCUUUUGUCUCCGUUCUCAUUUCAAUGAAGCAGCUGCAUGAAGCUUUCAAUCCAUUUUCCAUGGACACAUUUUUAAAUAUUGGAGUGUAUGCAUCAAAAAUGUCUCCAUUUAAAAGCCAGUUUGCUGGCCUGCAGAUGAACUUACCUAUCCUUAUGCUAGUAGUUGACCAGAAGGAACCUUUGCAGUACACUCUAAAGGAAAAUAUGCCUGAAACUUAUGACAUCAGAUUUGAUCUGAAUAUGGAAGCUAUUGUAUGGCAAAAUCGAGCAGCUAUUUUGAAGGUUUAUGAAAAGCCGGACCUAACUAAGGAGAGUGAUUGUUUUUUAUUUCAAGUUGAUAUAUCCAGUGAUUUCUCCAGUUUUCUGUACAUAACCACCCCACCCAACAUAAGUGUAGAAGUGACAAGUGCUCUCUAUAAGUUUACCAGUGAAUCGCUGGCUAUCAUGUCUCAUCCAGUCCAGCUUUUACCUAGAUCCUCUGUAUUGAACCACUCAGGGAUAAUUCAAUCUAGCAAUAUGGUUUACCUCCCAAAGCUUACCCUGAAACAGCACUACUCUAUGUCAGGAGGGAAGUAUUACAUUUUGCUCAAGUUGAAGGUGGAGGAAAGCUAUAACUCAACAAAGCAAAAGAAAAAAAAGCCAGGGGUCGUUAAUGAGCUAGGCAGGGAAAAUAUUACAAUCCAAUGCUUCCGUUUAUCUUGUGUGGAUUGGAACUUCAAUGAGCGCUCGUGGGCUGCACAAAACUGUCGUCCUACAGCUUACAGUGCUGGCCAGCCUCCUAUUGCUAAUUGUAUUUGUGAUGGAGGACUUCUCUUCACUGCUGGCUUUGCUCCUUGUAAGCUCACAUUUAGGUUGCCUUGGGCAAAUUAUGAAAUAGUUGAUUUUUCAAGUGAAAACUUGGACACAAUGCAGCUUCUGUCUUCAUCAUUUCUCAUUGCAUUGUGGGUUGUUUUCGCAGCAUUCCUUAUAGUGGCUAGAAGAAAGGAUCAACAGGAAAAACCAUUUGAAAAAAGUUUCAUUCUACCAGAGCUAUACACACCCACUGGGAAAGAUCAAUAUUUAAUCUGUGUAGCCACAGGCUGGAUGAGGGGAUCUAGUACUGCUUCAACUGUCUCUUUAACAUUGGUGGGGUCUGAGAAUGUUAGCACUGUGUAUAGGUUGUCUGCCUUUGAUCAGCUCUUUAAGACUGGCUCGGAGCUAUGGUUUUUAAUAAGCAGCAAAAGAUCUUUGGGAAGCCUUCAGAAUGUGAUAUUGUCUCUAGACUGUGUUGAUGAAUACGAUGCUUGGUAUGUCAACCAUGUUUUUCUGAGAAAUCUGGCCACCAAACAAGACAGCUAUUGUAUCUGUGAAGCUUGGAUACCUGACCCUCAGACCCAUCACAACUACAUAGUGAAACCUGUCACUUCCUCAUCCGGGUCAAAAGCUCGCUUGAUUAUUUUUAACUUCAUUCGUCUGUUGAGAAAUCUUCAUUUGGCUCUUGGGAUGUUUUACAAUGUACAAGGAAGUGCCUACUCCAAGUCCCUGCAUGUCCUGUGCUGCCUAUGUGCGACCCUAAUGACCAUGUGCAUCUGCCUGUUGAACCUAGGCUCCACCCAGAAGUUUCUUAAAGGAGAUGCAAAGCAUAUGGUCAAAGACCAAUACGAAGCCCACUUUAUCAAGACAACACUGUUUUCUUCACUUCCAACUUUUUUCAUCAGUGUCUACUUAAAAUACAUCUGUGAGUACACAUUUCAAGGUAUGAGAGUUGAGUUUCCAAAAGUUAGAAUAACUCCCCCCCCAAAGGUUGCGCUAACCUCGGCCCAGAGUAUUGCCACCCAUGUAACCACCAGCUCUGAAGUCGACACCCAGAAGUAUAUUCCUAAACUUUCCAGGCACUCCAACUCCAUCUGGGAAGAUUCUCAGAUAUUUAGUGACUCUAAGACUUCUGAUAUGAGGGACACUACUAUAGACACUACUGAAAUUACCUCAAAGGAUACAUUAGACUUUGCACCAAAUCCUACAGUACUAGAGGACCUCAUGUCCAGUCUUAGCAUGAGCAGUGGUGGGACAUCAGUAGACAAUCUAGUAAACAAGUCAUCCUUCAACUUCAACAUCAACCGCAACAACAAUCUCAACAACAACUCCGCGGGACAGUUGAACACUCCACUCCAGAGACUAAGUUCAAGAGCAAGGUGGCCAUGGCUGUUUGCAGUCAGCUGCAUGCUGUAUAUUCAAAGUAUUGUAAUCAUGACGUAUAUUUUAGCAGUAGUUGGGUUUCAGUACCAGGAUGUCAAAUAUUUUCUACUGGUGUUCCUGUCAGCCUUCACAGUGGUUUUGUUUUUCUUGCACCCUAUAUUUAUCCUCGUGUCUGCCGUCUUUGUGACAGAGAGGUAUGAGCUCUUGAAGGGUGAGGGAGACUGUCGCAUGCAAGCAAUCAACUCUGCGCUGGAGACACAUGUGAAGUUGGUGGAUGCUGGUCUGGUGGAAACACACCAUAAUGUGGGCAAUGAAUGCCUGGUCAUCUCACAAUCCUGGCACAAUUUUUCUAACAUUAUGUGCAGACUGAUGUCAAAAUCAGCUCAGUUUCAUAAGGCAGGCAGCAGUCAGAGGGAGACAGAGAAGAAGAGCUCUGGCAAUGAAACAGCCUGGAUGGUUUGUUUCAUCCUGGUGGUCCUCAUCAUAGUCAACGUCCAGAGUGGCAACGUCAGGAACCGCUAUCUGCAGAGUAAAUUCAUGCGAACCAUGCUCAAAGUGGGCCGGAUAGAGCAAGAGUUAAAACAGGGCAUUACUGUAAAUGAGUUUUGGAAACACCUACGGGAGCAAUUUUUCUUGAAACCACACUGGUAUCUGUCUGACAUUAACACGACCUCAACACUCAAAGCUGUGUCAAAUAUCAAACUACGCCAGAUACGGGUCAGAGAUGAUACAGGCAAAUGUGAAUCCAACCUUCCAAUAAAGUUAAGAUGCCACCCAGAUAUAGAAGAGGUCGCAGCUGAGAAUAGAGAUUUCGUAUUAUCCUGGGAUAAAGUAACAACACGUAAAGUUGGACAGAGGCCGUUUGUUUACCAGACGGGGGAUGCAUUUCAAUCCAAAUAUCAUACCUACACAGGUGGAAGCUAUGACGCCCAGUUUUCUUUGAGGGAUGAGACCCCAGGUGUGAUAGACUACUUAAAAAGCAGGAACUGGGUGGAUGAGAAGACUAGAAUUGUUUCUGUAGACUUCGCCAUUUUUAAUGCGGACACCAAACUUUUAACCUCUGUGGUGCAUUUCUAUGAAUUUAAUGCUAUCGGAGUAUUCCAGGACACCCAGCAAGUCUAUUCCUUCCCUCUAUUUUUUGAACCAGUGGGCACCUUCUUUUUACAAUUUUGUGGAUUCAUUUUGGCUAUCUUUACAAUCAUAUUUCUCUACCGUGAGAUCAAUGAGGCUUAUCACAAAGGAGUGCUCAAGUAUCUGCAGAGUCCUAUGGCCUGGCUGAACUUAAUUGAGAGGGUCACAUCAGUUGUUGUCAUCACUUUGUUUAUUCUUCAGUACAGCAUCAGGAAGUCUGAGGUCAUACAUGUCCAGAAUAUUUACUUCUUCAACAAAGACGCAGAAGUUUAUAUAAACUUCAACAAAGUUUCAACCAUCGCCUAUCAAAUCACUUUUUUCUGUGGUGUACUCAGUGUGACAAGUUAUUUAAAAAUUCUCUCUCAAGCUACCAACUUGCAGUCCCUGGCACAAUUCCUUGAGUUAGUCCCACCAACCUUAACCAUCGUGUUUGUCCCUAUGCUAGCUCUGCUCAGUACAGCCGUUUUAGGCAUGUUUUUGUUUAAAGAGUUUGAACAGUUCAACACACUGAUCAACUCGGUGGUUACCGUCACAGGGAUGCUGCUCAACCAAAACCUUAUGAAGCUGCUGGUGCAAUCCUACCCUGUAUCAGGCCCUCUCUACAUCACCAUUUUAUUCACGGUGUUAAACUUUAUAGUGGUCAAUUUUUUCAUCUCGCUACUCAGUGAAAAAUACUCCAGGAUCUGCACACUGCAGCGGCUUCAGAAAGGGAAUAAGGUUUCGGUUAUUGAAGAAAUAAACAAGUGGAUUCAUAGACCUACGAAGAAAAAGAAAACAAAAACGAAACAGUCCGUUGAGAAAUCUGAUGAAGAUUUUAUAGUUGAAGAGUUAGAUUAAAGAUGUUUUAUAUAGGUUAAAAAAUCUGAAAAAGAUUUUCAUUCAAGACUUAACUACAAAUAUAAUAUUUAUUGUGCUACAUAAACAAGCUGAUGCUUAUGUCCCAUCUUAGUAAAAUGACACCAGUGGGGAAGUAAUCCUUCUCCCAAUUUACUACACAUUUGACAAACCAGUGUCAGGAUUGGUAUUUGC